CUGUCAACAUUCUUCAAAGUUGCUAUCUUAUUGCAAAAUAUAUACACUCGCCCGGCUUGUGGUUUGUUUAUUUAAUUAUAUUUAAAUUCUCAGUCCCAUUAAAUAUGAAACAGAAACGAAAACAUUCCGAUACGGAAGCCGUUAUCAGCAAGCAAAAUCCGCAUACAGUAACUGUUUCACAAAUCAGCGCGGACAUCAUAUGGCAGCUCGCCUCACAAUACUGGUCACCAGAAACACCAGCGGAUGAGCUCUUGCCUUACAAUGCGAACAUUAUCGAGGAUAUAUAUAGCCGUGAGAUAUUAGAUCACAAAUCGGCGACACGCCGCAUCAUGAUGCUAGAAUUCAGCCAGUACUUGGAAAAGUAUUUGUGGCCUAAUUACAAACGAGAGACAGCUACGCAUGCACAUCUCAUGUCUAUUGUAGCCAUGGUUAAUGAGAAAUUCCGCGAAAGAGUUGAAGUUUGGCCUUUAUUCGAAGCAAAACCGGAAGAGUAUCCGUCCUUCUUUAGACACGUGCUCGAAACUUGCCUACCCUCAGAUGGUGGUAAAGGAAGGCACGCAACUAUGCGUGAAAAAACUGCGUUGAUAGUGUUUCUUAAUCACUGUUUCAACAGCAUGGAAAUCGAGUUGUGUCGCGAGCAGGCAAAGCGCCUGGUAUCGCUGUCAAUGUGGAGUUGUUUACAGCCAAAACGUUUGGAGCAAGAGUUGCGUGAAGUCCCUGAGUGGCGCAAAUUUUGGCGUCGUCUACAGAAAAAGGAAAAAGGCGUUCAAAACCCGGAGGUAGAAUGGGAACGACAUUUUUUGCAGAAUUUAAUUAUACAAUUUCUAAGUAUACUGGAAGCCAUACCACUCGAGGGUGAUUUCCAACCUAAUAUAGUGACAUACUGUGAACGUUUUUUGGAAUUUAUUGUCGACUUAGAAGCAUUGCUGCCGACACGACGUUUCUUUAAUACAGUAUUGGAUGAUACACAUCUGCUGGUGCGCGCACAAAUCUGUAAUUUAGUGCAACGUGAAGAAGGAAAACUGUUCGGUCAGCUACUCGACAUGCUGAAAUUCUACACAUGCUUCGAGAUCAGUGACGUCACCGGCGACUCGCUUACUGAUCAUCAGAUGACUCAGUUACACUACAAGAAAAUCACUUCGCUACAACGUGCUGCUUUCGCCAAAUUUCCCGAUCUGCGCUUGUUCGCCUUGUCCAAUGUUGCGAAUGUAGACACUCGUGAAGCGCUACAACGUCACUUUGGCGCACUCGAUGCAAAAGCACUCAAAGAAAUCGCCUCAUUUUUGAAUUUGGUUCCCGACUCCUUAGAAGCACCCUUUCAAUGGCAUCGACUUGAUGAUGAAUUUCUUAAGGAGCUAUUGAUUACACGCCACGAACGUCGUUGUUCACAGUUGGAGGCACUUAAUGAAAUGCCGCUCUAUCCUACAGAGGCUAUCAUUUGGGAUGAAAAUAUUGUGCCCUCUGAAUACUUUUCGGGAGAUGGUUGCUUGGCUUUGCCAAAGUUGAAUCUACAAUUCCUCACUUUGCACGAUUAUUUGUUGCGCAACUUUAAUCUUUUCCGCUUGGAGUCAACUUAUGAGAUACGACAGAAUAUCGAAGAUGCCGUGAGUCGUAUGCUGCCAUGGCAAUCGGAGGAUGGUGAUGUUGUGUUUGGUGGUUGGGCGCGCAUGGCGCUACCGAUUGCAACAUUCGCUGUGGUUGAGGUGACAAAGCCACAUAUCGGCGAGCGUAAACCAUCUCGUGUGCGUGCUGAUGUGUCAGUAACGUUGUCCGUGCGCAAAGAAAUCAAAGAGGAAUGGGAGAAUUUACGCAAGCAUGACGUCUGCUUUUUAAUAACUGUGAAGCCGACAAAGCCAUAUGGUACUAAAUACAAUCAACGCGAGCCGUUCAUACCACAAGUUGGGCUGGUGUAUGUGCGCGGCUGUGAGGUGGAAGGCAUGUUGGACGCCAACGGACGUGUUAUAGAAGAUGGUCCUGAACCACGACCGCAAUUGCCUGGCGAACAACGCACAUAUCGGGUUUGGCUUGAUUCGAAUCAAUACCGAUUAGAUAUGGACAAUUUACAAGAUGGCUCCGAUGAUGUCUACGAGAGUUUUAAUAUUAUAAUGCGUCGCAAACCGAAGGAGAACAACUUCAAGGCUGUAUUGGAGACCAUACGGCAUUUGAUGAAUACAGAAUGCGUUGUGCCACCAUGGUUGCAUGACUUGCUACUUGGCUAUGGUGACCCGGGUGCGGCACACUAUUCUCAUAUGCCGAAUCAAGAGCGUAGCUUAGAUUUCAAUGACACAUUUUUGGAAUUCGAUCAUUUGAAGAGCAGCUUCCCUGACUACGAAAUAAAGUGUGAAGCUCCAGCCGAACAACGCGUGCCUCCAUUCCGUUUGAUAUUUGAAGAUGUGCCAGAACAGCGCAAAGAUGAGAUCGAAGAUGAACAGGAAGAUGAAAAAAUGAAGAGUGCAUUGGAAAAGGCGAUUGUUGUGCAGCCAUAUGUGUUUGAAAGCCGUGGUCCAUAUGUGGCGAACAAACCGAAGCAAAACACCGUACGCUUUACACCCACUCAACUGGAAGCAAUUCGCGCUGGUAUGCAACCCGGUCUCACGCUUGUCGUAGGCCCUCCGGGUACGGGCAAAACAGAUGUCGCUGUGCAAAUCAUAUCCAAUCUCUAUCACAAUCAUCCCAAUCAACGUACAUUGAUCGUAACACACUCCAAUCAAGCGCUGAACCAGCUUUUCGAGAAAAUUAUGGCUCUCGACAUUGACGAGCGCCAUUUGCUGCGUCUCGGUCACGGCGAAGAAGCCUUGGAGACGGAGAAGGACUUUAGUCGUUAUGGGCGUGUCAAUUACGUACUUACACAGCGCUUAGAGCUGCUCAAAAAAGUACAAAAGUUGCAAGAAUCGCUCAAUGUACUUGGCGAUAACGCCUACACUUGUGAAACGGCCGGUUAUUUCUAUCUCUACAAUGUGGUAGCUCGUUGGGAAAAGUUUCUCACGCAAGCCACAGCCGUUGCGGAUGACACUGACUCGGCUACUUGGCGCGCGGUAUUCGAAAAGGAAUUCCCUUUCACGCGAUUCUUUGCCGAUGCACCGCAACCGCUAUUCAAAGGCGACACAUACGACGAAUAUAUGGAAAUUGCAAAAUCUUGUUUCCGCUAUAUAACACAUAUUUUCACGGAAUUAGAGGAGUUCCGCGCUUUCGAACUGCUGCGCACCGGCUUGGAUCGCUCAAAGUAUCUGCUUGUAAAGGAGGCAAAAAUUAUAGCGAUGACUUGUACACACGCAGCGUUGAAGCGUAAGGAAUUAGUAAAUUUGGGUUUCCGUUAUGACAACAUACUUAUGGAAGAGGCGGCGCAAAUAUUGGAAAUCGAAACGUUCAUACCGCUGUUGUUGCAAAAUCCGCUCGAUGGCUAUAAUCGCUUGAAGCGUUGGAUUAUGAUCGGUGAUCAUCAUCAGUUGCCGCCAGUUAUCAAAAAUAUGGCAUUCCAAAAGUUCUCGAAUAUGGAGCAGAGUUUAUUUACGCGACUGGUGCGACUGGGUGUACCCACAGUCGAUUUGGAUGGACAGGGUCGUGCCAGAUCUAGUAUUUGCACUUUAUACAAAUGGCGAUAUAAGAAAUUAGAUGAUCUUUCGCAUAUUUUGCAACGCGCCGAGUACCGCAAUGCCAAUGCUGGAUUUGUGCACGACUAUCAGCUCAUUAAUGUGGAGGAUUUCAAUGGUGUGGGCGAAACAGAACCAAAUCCUUUCUUUUAUCAAAAUCUUGCUGAGGCUGAGUACGUCGUUGCCGUUUACAUGUAUAUGCGUCUACUGGGCUAUCCCGCCGAUAAGAUUUCCAUACUGACCACCUACAAUGGACAAAAGCAUCUGAUACGCGAUGUGAUCGAUGUACGCUGCGGCAACAAUCCACUUAUUGGAUGGCCAUACAAAGUAACGACUGUGGACAAAUAUCAAGGUCAACAGAAUGAUUAUAUACUAAUUUCGCUGGUACGCACAAAAGCAGUGGGACAUUUGCGCGAUGUGCGUCGUUUAGUAGUGGCGAUGAGUCGUGCGCGAUUGGGAUUGUAUAUUUUCGGGCGUGUGGCAUUGUUUAAAAACUGUUUUGAAUUGCAACAAACGUUCAAACUGUUAACCCAACGCCCCCAGCGUCUGCAACUGCUUCAAGAAGAAACCUAUCCCACACAGCGUUUAACCGACGAAAAAGUAGAUGUGCAACGCAUUUACGAAGUCAAAAACAUGACAGAAAUGGCAGAAAAUAUCUGCGAAAUGUAUAUGAAGCGCAUGGAAGAGCUUAAAGACAAGCUGCCUGCUGAUGCGGACUUGCAAAUGUAUGCAGAUCUACCACAGGAAAGCGUUGAGGAGAGUGAUAUAGCACAAUUAACUGAACAGGGUGCAAAUCAAGCAGUAGAGAAUGACGAACCACCUACAAAACGGCCGGCAAAGGAAACUAAAAAGACGCCAAAAGCUGCUGCUACAUUCGAUCCCAUACCAAUUGUUAAUGAAGUAAGCGUGGAAGAUGCAGAGGAAGAUGAACCCGAAGCGCAAGCUAGUGCAUCAACGCAUGCGACGCAAACAGAAACUGAAACGGUUACUGCACAAAAUGAAGCUGCUACUGUUGAAGCACCGGCGGCUGAUUAGUGGUUUGGUGUUUCAUUAAGGGAUUAUCAAUAUGCGAAAUAUUCUAUUGAAAGUUUAACUAUAAAAUAAAGAAAUAUAUAAACAUUUUAUUA